AUGGUUUCCGCGAUGUCCAUCCGUCACCUGUUGCUGGCAUUGUUGCCUUGCACCACCGUCUUGGCCGAUUCUUGGCGAGUCGACGGCUUCAAUCCGGUCAAGAAACUUGCCGAGGCCAAGCGGUUGCCUGUACGCCGCCAUCUUGAGCGUCGUCAAGACACCGAGAAGUACCAGUACCUGAAUGAAAAGACUGAAAAGUACCUUGUGAACGGCACGUCUAUUCCGCUGGUUGACUGGGAUCUGGGCGAAUCAUAUGCUGGCCAAAUCCCGAUCUCGAAAGCAUCCAACGAGACUCGUCAACUCUUCUUCUGGUUGAAUGGAGGCCCGGGAUGUAGUUCUUUCAUCGGACUGGUCCAGGAGAACGGACCUUUUACCUGGUUCCCUUCGGCUUACCGCCCGGUUUACAACAUUUUCAGCUGGUCCCAACUCUCAAAUGUGCUCUACGUCGAUCAGCCCGCUGGCACUGGCUUCUCAGUCGGUAAGCCCGGAGUCAACACGGAAGAGGAGACCGCCCAGCAGUUCCUUGGCUUUUACCACAACUGGAUGGAGACCUUCGGAACCAAGGGCCGCAAGACUCAUCUCACCGGCGAGAGCUACGCAGGCCACUACAUCCCCUACAUUGGUGACGCCAUGAUCAAGUCCAACCAGUCCGCCGACUACAACCUCUCCGGUGCCCUGAUGUUCAGCCCGUACAUCAGAUCUGACCCUGGUGACUUCCAACAGCAUGCGGUCUCCCUGCCCUUCGUCGAGGAGUACAACAACGUUAUGGGCCUGUACCCCGGUGUUGGAAACUAUUAUGACCGGAUCAGUGCCGCCGAUAAAGAGUGCGGCUACGCUGAUAUGCGCGAGAACUACUUCACCUUUCCUCCCAAGGGGCCCUUCCCGCCCGGAAAUAACAGCGAUAACUGCGCAAUCUCGUCUAUUGUCUAUGAAGGUCUUGCGGAGGUAAGCCCUUGCGCCAAUAUCUACCACAUCUCUCAAGGCUGCCCCAACCCAUCGGACCCCCUCAGCUGGGCCACCGAAGGAGACAACGCCUCUGUACCCCUCGGCUUUGACAAGGCCGACUGGCACUCUUACCUCAACCUUCCAGAGAUGCGCAAGGCCAUCCACAUUCCCGCCGGACAGAGGGACUGGAAGAAGUGCUCCGACGAGAACCCAUUCGGUCCCACUGGCGAUGUCAGCCUUGACCCCUUCGCCUCUGGCGCUCUAACCCGAGUCAUUGAGCACACGAACAACUUCAUUAUUGCAAGUGGCAACCUUGACUUCCGUGUACCCACCAACGGUACUCUCAUGGUGCUUCAAAACAUGACUUGGCAUGGACAGCAAGGCUUCGACGAGUUCCCAUCCAAGACCUUCUUCCUCCCUACAGCUUACAGCGAUUUGUCCUCCCAGAGUUCCGCUGGAAAGAUCGGCGAUUGGGUUGCACAGCGUGGCCUCACCUUCGCUCGUGUUUUCAAUGCCGGACACGAACUCCCUCAAUACGCUCAGGGAGCCGGUUAUCGUCUCUUAGAACAGCUUCUCGGCCGUGUUACGGACUUGACCAGCGAUCUCAUGUUUACUGCCCUUCCAGGUGACUUCACGGGGUCAAACACAACGCACGGGUCUGCGUCUCACUAG